UUUUGCUAUUUUCUUCAAAGACUAAAGACACAAAAUUAGAGAGCUUAAACAUCAACAUAGAUUUUUCCUUUUUCCUUUUCACCAAUUUUUUUCUUUGUGUGUUUUGUCUUUUUUUUGUUUCCUCUCUUUAUGGUCAGUCACAAUCUGAUUAAAAUAGUAAUGCUUUUUCAUUGGGUAAAAGGAUCAAUGCAUCAGUGCAGAUUUUCCAUUUUCUACUAUUCUCUUCUAAAAAAUCUCCCUUCUUUCUUACCUUCUCCUCCUUCAUUUUUUUUUUGUUCUUAAUCAGUGAAAAAAACAAAGUUAUCAAUUUUAUCCUUCCCAAACCCUUUUAAUAAUCUUUUACCCCUUUUUUUGGUUUGUCCUCUGGAUCGUAUCAGUAAGGUGAAAGAAACAGUGAAAACAAUUGGAUCAAACCCAGAUGAGAGUAGUACCUCUUUGAUCUAGUAAACGCGGUAGUUUCUGACGAACAGACACACCUAAUGGGAUCAGAACAGGAUCACGAACAGAGGAAAAGGUGGGAAGGCUGUUUUGAAGUGUUCUCUUGUUUCAAGCCACAGAAAGGAGGAAAAAGAAUAGUACCCGCCUCUCGCAUUCCUGAAGGCGGCAAUGCCUCAGCGUCACAACCUAAUGGCGUGUUGUUGAUUAACCAAACUACAGGAGGAGUUAACUUAUCUCUUUUGGCUCCACCAUCCUCUCCUGCUUCCUUCACCAACUCUGCUCUUCCUUCAACAGCUCAGUCACCAAACCGCUACUUGUCCCUAGCUGCAAACUCACCAGGAGGUCCUUCUUCCAGUAUGUACGCCACUGGACCAUAUGCUCACGAAACCCAACUCGUCUCACCACCUCCUGUUUUCUCAACGUUCACCACCGAGCCAUCCACCGCUCCUUUCACUCCCCCUCCGGAGCUUGCACACCUCACUACCCCUUCUUCGCCUGAUGUCCCUUACGCCCGUUUCUUGACUUCCUCCAUUGAUACCAAGAACUCUAGCAAAGGUCAUUUCAAUGAUCUUCACUCUACGUACUCUCUUUACCCUGGUAGUCCAGCCAGCUCUCUUAGAUCACCGAUCUCUCGAGCUUCAGGGGACGGGUUGCUGUCGCCUCAAACUGGUGUCUCUACGCCUCUGCAGGAGUCUAACUUCUUCUGUCCUGAAACGUUCGCCAAGUUUUACUUGGAUCAUGACCCUUCUGUUCCUCAAAACGGUGGAAGGUUAAGCGUGUCCAAGGAUUCAGAUGUGUACACUGGCCAGAAUAGGCAGACGAGAAGCCCCAAGCAAGACAUGGAGGAGUUGGAAGCUUACAGAGCUUCAUUUGGGUUUAGUGCAGAUGAAGUCAUCACAACUAGUCAGUACGUUGAGAUCACUGAUGUGAUGGAUGAUUCUUUGCUCACUUCUGCUUACUCUCCAAGCGAUGGACAGAAGCUACUUAGAAGAGAAGCGAACUUGCUCAGUCAGACAAGUCACAAGUCAGAAGCUGGUCUUGAUCCACCAAAGUCAUCAUCAAAUGGUUGCAAAGGUGAUCACAAACCAAGAAAUGGUAUUCAUGCGGAUGAAGAGGCUUUGUUAUCAAGAGUGGGGUCUGUGAAAGGAAGCAGAAGCUAUCGCACUGGUUUCUCAAGCUCUGAUGCAGAGAUUGAAUACAGGAGAGGAAGAAGCUUAAGAGAAGGCAGAGAGAACAGACGCAGGAGAUAGCCUGAUCAAGAACAGCAAAGCCAGCUAGUUCUGUUCUUAAGGUCUUUGAAAGUUGAAAAGUGUUUGAUAUGAUCUGGUGAUGCUAACUCUUGAGAUAGAAUCUAGUUUUUAAGUAUGUAGAUAUAUAAAUACAAAUGGUUGUAGUAAAAUGAUGUGAUGUGAUAUAUUAGCAAGCACCCAAAAGAUAAAAAGGAAUAUUCGAAUUG